CUUGCUGUUUCCGCGUGGCUGCAGGAAAGAUAGACGCAUUGGGCUGGGUUUGAGCCACACCUCCCGUCCACUUUUUUUUUAUAAUUACUAUUAAUCCCAACAAUUAAAGUCCCUUCCCCCAGUCAUUCUCACCCAUCGUACCCCCUUGCUCACCUGGUCUGGGGCACCUCACGAAUUGAUCAAGUGUCUAAACUUUGCGGCAUAAAUUUUGAGGACUGAAUCAUGUCGUUGACCAACACAAAGACGGGGUUUUCGGUCAAGGACAUCUUGGACCUGCCAGACACCAAUGACGAGGAAGGCUCGGUGGCCGACGGCCCAGAGGAGGAGAGCGAAGGGCCUGAGCCCGCCAAGAGGGCCGGACCGCUGGGGCAGGGCACUCUGGAAGCCGUGCCGAGCCUGCCCCUGAAGAAUCCCUUCUACGACAGCAGCGACAACCCAUACACACGCUGGCUGGCCAGCACCGAGGGCCUCCAGUACUCCCUGCACGGUUUGGCGGCCGGCACGGCCCCCCAGGACUCGAGCUCCAAAUCCCCGGAGCCCUCUGCCGACGAAUCACCGGACAAUGACAAGGAGACCCCAGGUGGCGGGGGGGACGCCGGCAAGAAGCGGAAGCGGAGGGUGCUUUUUUCCAAGGCGCAGACCUACGAGCUGGAGCGGCGCUUUCGGCAACAGAGAUAUCUGUCGGCGCCGGAGCGGGAGCACCUGGCCAGUCUUAUUCGCCUCACGCCCACUCAGGUCAAGAUCUGGUUCCAGAACCACCGCUACAAGAUGAAACGUGCUCGGGCGGAGAAAGGUAUGGAGGUGACGCCCCUGCCCUCGCCGCGCCGCGUGGCUGUGCCUGUCUUGGUUAGGGACGGCAAACCGUGUCAUGCGCUCAAAGCCCAGGACCUGGCUGCUGCCACCUUCCAGGCAGGCAUCCCCUUCUCGGCCUACAGCGCGCAGUCACUGCAGCACAUGCAAUACAACGCCCAGUACAGCUCGGCCAGCACCCCCCAGUACCCAUCAGCACACCCUCUAGUACAAGCCCAGCAGUGGACUUGGUGAGCGAGGGCCCAUGGAGACUGGAGACCCCAGACCCAGGCCCCACCCUGGCGGCGGCGGCGAGGACUGGGUCCCUAUUGGGAUGAUGGUGGUGAGGAUGGUUAUGCUCUGGAGUUGACCCUCGACUCCGCGCCGGAGCUCCCUGGAGGUGGUCUAGCCUCAGCGGAACGGCAGAUUCUAUCCCCGCCUCUGCUGGGUCUCUUUUCUUUAAACCAUUGCAGAGGGCAGAACUCUAAGCCGUGUUUACAGGAUGUUUGUGCAGCUUCUUUGCCUCCCCCUGAGCGGACCAAACUGUCUUAGCGUUACCAUUGUCACUUGAAAACGACAGAAAAAGAAAGAAAAACAAAAAGAAAAAAAAAUCGCCACCACCCUAUCACCUCUUUUUGUGAAUUUUGUAAAGUAUGUUUGUGUGAGUAGCAAUAUUGUCAGUUGUCUUCUUCUAAAGCAAGUGGAGAAUACUUUUAAAGAUAGAUACCUUUUUUCUUUUUUUAAAUAAGAAAAUGCUAAAUAUUUAUGGCCAUGUACACGUUCUGACAACUGGUGGGAGAUUUGGCUUUUCGUUGUAAAUAUUGGUGGUGAUUGUUGCCAAAAUGACCUUCAGGAUGGCUUGUUGGACCUAUGAGCCCAACUCCUUUCUUUGUGUUUUGUUUUGUUUAUGUUUGGAUCACCCCCACACUUAUUUCCGUUUUAAAUUUUGUUCAGUGCAAAUAUUUCUGAAAUAUGAAAGAGGAAAAAAAAAUGUGUAGGCAAGAAGCCCCUGCCCCUUCCUCUGGCUUCUGAGCCCUGGAACUUGGAGCUCAGGAGUUCCCUGCGAUUCCCCAAGAGCGUCGGGCGCUGGAAGCUUUCGAAUUUUUUAAAAGAAUUUUAAU